GGUUCAAAAAAAAAAAGGGCGGACCGAGGAGUGGAGACCGCGGAACGACUGGAGAGAUCGCUAUUUAAAGAACCCUCCUCCCAUCUAUCCUUGUCCUCCACUUGAGCGACAGGUCGAAUGGCGAGUGUGAGAGGGAGCUGGACCGAUCGCGCAAGAAAUCCGCCGAUCCCUCCUAAUUCCGGUAGUGGAGUUUGCAUGAUGAAUACAUCAUGGAGGGAUAACCAGCAUCCAUCCUUCAUUCUCUUCAUUUCAUCAUUCCUUAGUGCAAAUUCAUACCGUCUAAACUUCCUACCCAUAGCCGCUGAUUUCAUAUUCAACAAUGGUGGACUAUCAGUUGCUUUUAUUUUUGUAACAAAUUGGGAUUGUGAUAAUGGAUCUGCUGUCUUUGACAGAGCUGAAAAAUUGAAGAGGCAGUUCAGGCAUCUGUAUGUUGUCGUAUCUGUCCCAACAAGGGAACAAAAUGAUUCUUUCAAUCACUCAUACUUCAAGUAUGCUGUGGAGCUUGGUAGCCCAACCUUUGUGCCAGUUCAUGAUCCAGAGAUGGGCUUCGAGAAGAUUGUGAAGAUAGCUCAUGCUCAUGGGGGUAGGAUGUUGAUCUCUAUUUCUAAUCUGAGGUGUUCCUCUUUGAAUGACACAUACCAUGCUAAUCACUCAUCUGCAGUAUGUAAACGACAAGAUGCCAUCUCCAUGAUGAAGAAUGAGCGUGAGCAAGCAGUGCAAGGAAUGGACUUAUUCCUCAGAGUGGUUACCUCCAUACCCGGAAUCGACAACCAUGAUGCGAAUGCACUUGCCCAAGCCAUUGGUUCAAUUGAAGCAAUAUCAAAAGCAUCGAAGGGCUUUAUUCUGGAAAAUACAGACCUUUCAGUGGAUAAAGCAGAAAGGAUUGUCAACUCUCUAUUUUCUGUUUCCAAGGAUGAACAUCACCGUUUUGGGGUUUUGUUUGCUGUACCUGCAAAUCAUGAUUAUUUUUUUGACCUUGCAAAUUUCAUAAGGUAAGCCACAAUCGUGUGGGUGGUUGGGUGGUUUCCCAUGCAUGCGGGUGAAUGUCUGGACGUGUACAUGUGUUUUACAAAGCUUUAACAGAUCCCUAAGAAUUAGAACGUUCUGAUGGGUGGAAGUUCAGAAGUUCUUUUUUUCUCCAUCCUCAUGUUGCUGACUCUUUUCAUGUCAAUUGUAUUCUUAGUUUCUUUUUUUUUUUAAAGAAAAAAGAGUGAUUUCUCCAAAUUCCAUGUCCAAAUUAAAGAGAAGUUGAAAGAAGUGGACUCCACAAACAGCCUCCAUGGUUUCUUCAUGGUUCGUAGCUGCACUAAUAUUUAUCCUUUCCAGUAUCAAUAGGGCUAGGUAUUUUUUGCAGGGAUAUUCACUGGAGGCCACCAUCUAUAAUUGCAAAUGUUAACACAUACAACAAUAUUGGAUCACAUCAUGGUUUGCUAAUUGCGUUACCUGCUGCUACUGCUCAAUCGAAAACAGUGGAAUUUAUCAUCAAUUUUAUAAAAGUCAAUUUGUUCUCUCCACAUUUUUAAUAAUAGUGAAAAUAUGAACACCCUCAAGUAACUGUACUUAUCUUUUUUUCUAAGCAAAAACAUAUGGUUUAUGGAAAAAAACUCCCAGAAUUGAUGUUCUUUUUUUUCUCAGUUAGUAUUUCAGUAAGUCAACACCUUCAUACAAUGGUCAUACAUAGGUUGCACUGGUCGCUUAUUUUGAGGAAUGGCUAACUACGUCAAAGAACCACUGAACCACUUUGAUCACCUUUAAUUAACCCCCCACCCCUGUUCCCUCACUUUAGCAAUUGGUCUCUGACUCUGUUCUUAUGUUUAGCUGCUUGGGGUAUGCAAAAAAUGUUUUUUAUCAGAUGGCAAUACUUCUUCAGUUGAAGCAAGUGAUUCAUUAAUAACUAGAAAACAGAUGGCAUGACUCUGCAUUAUAUUGCAUCCAAUCACCACCGUUGAUAUAACUACUAGAUUUCUUCUAGCAUUUUAGGUUUGAAAUUUUAUACUUCCAACUUUAGACGGACAGUUCUUAUUCUUAAGAGUCCAUACUUUUUUUCAAUAAUUUGAUAUUAUGAUCAUCCUACGCAUCACCAUGUUCAUGAAUGGAAUAUAGCUGACCUGUUCGGUAUUGCUUUUGUUUUGUAUUUUCACUUGUAGAAAUCCAAAGAGAAAAACGAAGUAGACUGAACAACAUGCAUGACGAAAUCCUUUAAAAAAGAAAAUUAUUUGUAAAAUCUUUGAGAGCUUUGGCAGAUUUAUUGCUUUCAAACGUCAAUCUCCAUUUGGGAUUUUACUAAUUUGUAAAGAAACAAAAACACGAGAAGCAGCAAAGCUGAACUGGCAUGAACUUCAUUUUUUGUGCACUUAGUUUCAGAGAAGGAUUUUUGAUGUACUUGGAUAAGUUAUGAGUCGACUUUGUUUUAAAGAACCUCUCUGUCAUAUUCUAUUGUGCUUAUCUCAGUGGGAUGGCAGAGUGAACUACAGUUCUGGUUAAUUUCUCGAGUUCCCAUUCCAGAUGCAAUUUUUUCAGGUAGGAUGAACCGUUUGAUAGUCUUGACGAUAUGUGCACAUGAUAUCUGGUCAUGCUCUCUCUGAACUUACAGUUCCAAAUCUAAGCUGCAUUGCAAUCAUGAGAUCUUCUGCUUAUCUUUUUUGAGAAAAGAGAUUUUCUGCAUAUCAAAGGGCUAUAAAUGCUAGUUGUAAUGUUCCAUGAUAGAGAAUGAUUUAUGAAAGAUGACUUGUUUUUCUGCA